GGAUUGUCUGCUGUGACCGCCAUGCCCCUGUUCAGCUGGAUGAAGUGGCCACAUGAGACAAGAGUGCAGACUCAGGAUGAAGCACCACCUCUUAAGACCUCAGGGGUUGUGCCCAACCGCAUGUUGAUCAGAGAACUCCUGUGGCAUGUGGAGGAACGUGAGCAGCUGGCAAGGGAACUGGAGCGAGAGCACAGGCUGGCCCACAGCACCAUGGGUCUCCACUGGUUUCAGAAGUACCCUAGGUUACGGACCCUCAUCCCCACAUCGGAGCUACACCAAUUGGAGUUCUUGUGUGCCCAGAUCCCACCCAUCCACGCAGCCACCGUCCUUUCCAGGUUUCGUGAAGUGCUUGCCACUAACAACAUAAGGCCCUGGGAGCUGGCAUCUGUGUUCAAGCAGGUGCUGAGGGACUUCCUGAGCCAAAAGCAAUAUGAUGAUGAGGACGACCUCUCAGUGCAGCCAACACAGCUCCAACCAAUGGAGGCUUGGACCAGUCGCUACAAAAUGAAGCAGGGCUUUGUCACACCUACCGUCCCCAACUGUGGAGACCAACCAAGGGAAGAGAUCCCAACAAUCUCUGGAUAUGUGGACCGGGCCAUGCGGCACUCCAGUUCAUUCACAGCCAACAGGGACUGGGAUCUUCCAUAUUACUAUCCAGUUCCUCUCAGGCCCAAAGGGUCAUACAGCACUACUCUGUGAGAGAAUAAACUGCUCAACGUCCGCAAUCUUGUGUUUAACACACGGACAACCAGUCAUCACAUCCUCAGCAUGGAGAUGAGAUUCAAAACUUGAUUAUUUGUAUUAGUUUCAGAUAUUUCAAGGCUUGUGACCAAAAUGCAUUUCAUUACAAGAACUAGUUUUUUGCCUGCCUGCUCUUUAUAAUCCCAUACUUCUGAGUGGUUUUCUAUAGUCCUGAUUACAGACAUCAGAGUUGAGGAUGUAUUUCAAGAGGUAUAUUGUAAGGUAGUAAAAGACAUGUCAUGUGGGCACGGGAUUUGAAAAAAUGAACAACCUGGACAAAGUAGUAACAGGUUUUUGGCUAGCUGGUCUUUAAAGAGAAGCAAAGUGUACCUGUGAAAUCUCAUCACAGGCUGAAAAUGUCUGAGUUUUGCAAAGUUCAACCAAAGACUGUUAUUCCCCUUCUCACAUUAUUUCAUCUGAACAGUUUUGAGAGCCAUAAAGAGGUAAAACUAUCAAGUAGUUUAAAAAAAAAAAGAAAAAAUAAACAACAUUUGUAUAGUAUACAUGUUUUUGUCUUAUUUGCCAUCUUGUUAAUCCUUGUCCCAACGCAACCUGAGUAUUAGAUUAGUAUGAGAAAAUAACAGCUGAAAAAAUUGAUCAUCUGAACCAUUAAAAACUGUUUUUUUCUGGUCAGAAUUUUAUGAGGGGGCCUAAUGAUGGCAGUAUUUCCAAAUUCUGGUUACAGCUUAAAAAUCCCUGCUACAGUAACUGAAAACCUCCAUUUGACACAACUGAAUUUCAGAUAGAGGGCAGUAUUAAAAAAAAAUUACAAUUAGGCAAACAGUUUAAACAGCUGCAGAUAAUUAACUACCAUGUUGGCUACAACUCAACACAGGCCAUCGUCCUCCAACACGUGUGUCGUUGCUACUACUAUAUUUUCAAACUUUAACCAGUUUGUGGCUGUGAUAAAAGAGACACCUACAGCCUGCUAUAUUUUCAAACUACUCGCGCAGGGCAGGUGGGAAGCAGGGAUGCUAGCUAGCAUGAGGUUAGCCAACUUUAAGCUAGCUGACCACUGAAUUCG